AUUCGCCUUCAUCCUUACUUUCCAUCAAACAUCAUAGGAAUGUUUUAAAACCAAUUGUCUACUACCAUACCCAGGUAGGUAUGUACCGGUAAGAGAAAAGUUUUGCUAUUUCCGUAGAAUUAACGCUAUCGAACCUAUUUCUACUCGCCGACUCUCACCUGGGCAGGAAACAGUUCAACUAGACACCCCUCUCAUUUCGCCAAGAUUGUGUCCAUGCGCUCGUACGAGGCUCCGUCCAGCCUCAACGCCCACUAAGCUCUCGAUCUCUGUUAGUUUUAGGUCAAGCAAUCAGCCGUGGCGGCGCCCAGCCGAAGCCAUGCAAACCAUGGCCUGUUUUCUUUUUUCUUUCUUUUUGUUAUACCCCUGGCCUACAAGCUGGCGCUCCCCCGGAUCGCAUGCAAGACACGUUCUUCAAGGGGGUUUGGUUUUCUGAGGCGGCGUCAUCGGCGAUGACGAAAAAAUUGAAGGAGCGACGACGGGCUCGUCGCUGCAGAAUACUACCUAAGGCGCCCCUUUGUCUGUGGUUCGUACCCAAGGAUUAGUGGCCCUCUAGUCUUUGAGAGAUGUCCCUGCAUCUGUCAGUCUUCUUAUACUAGACCCCCCAGUGAUCUUCCCUUUUCCACUAGUCAGCUACAGCUUGAUGACCCGUUUCAUUAUUCGUUACGUUUUCUCUUCUCGUUUUCUCUCUCACUCGCACGCACGGCUAUAUCCGUGUGUUCUCUUUUGUUCACCUUUGGCCAUUUUUUCUCGACUUUUUCCCAAGAGGACCAGGGACCUCUUAUUCACACAUCAUCUGAGCCCGCUGAGCGAAUGUGUUCUAUUCUGUUGUAAAUAUAGUAAACGGGCCCAAGUCCUUUAUUUUUCUUUUCUAUUAUUAUUUUUUCUACUCUACCAACUAUUUCAAACGUGGACAGUGUUCCACAGGUCACUGGCUUUCGUUCUCACAAGCCAUCGACUUUAUUCUAGCCUCGUGAAGGAUCUCGAAUUCGGUCCCCUUGGCAGGGCUGUUACCAUCCGAUAUUCUCACGUUGCAACACUCAAACCAGCAAACAAAAGGCUAGUCAAGAUGUCCGGUACGGGCAACAAUGACUCCGGUGCCGCGCAUGGGAAGAAGAAGCCUGCGCCGCUCAUGACAAGCAAAUAUGUACCGUCGACGGAAUAUCAGUCAAAUCGUCUGGCACCAAUGAAACCUUUAGCCAUGCCGUCGCCGCUCUCUCCGGCUUUCAGGUCUCCAGGUCAGCAAAAGCCUCUCAUAACUCCGGUCGGGCUUCCCUCUAGUCCAGCAUACGGCUUCCAGGCACCGCAGCCACCUCCAUACCUACAGCCAGACCCGCCAUCGCCCACAUACAGUCAAGCAUCAUUUGUGCCACUCAACUCUUUAAAGCAAGAUGAGGCGCAUCCUUUGGACCUUCAGCCCCCGCGCAUGGGCCAGAGCCCCUACGGUAACCAUAACAUUCCCAACGGCAGCACUCAUAGCGUCUACAACUACUCAACCGACUGGAUCCCGAUGCAGCCCCCGACCCCAAGGAAUGGUGGAUUCGGAAUCAGCAGCACUGGACUUCCGAUUACGGCAGCAGACGCCGAGGCUGAGGCCUUGGCAUUGAAGAAGCGAAAGAGGCUCAGAAUGUUGGUUUUCUGUGGUGUUCCGGCGGUGGCGGUCCUAACUGCCCUGACACUGGGCGUUAUUUUUGGCUUUAUGCGAUACGGAUCAAAUGGCAGCGCUUGAUCGGCGAGGAACUCCUCCUCGUAUGGGGGUCUCCGGUGGUUUCCGGUAUUUAAUUAUUGCUUUUCCGACUUUUAUGGCCAGACAAAGAUGCAAGCAUGGACAGCCCUGGACACCUUGUUCAAACGAGCUGUCAGUGCUUUGCCCGGUACUGGCCCAAGCGACGCCGCAGCUAUCUCAAUGGGAUAGAAGAAUCUAGACGAAUUCUAGGCAAAUAUGGAUUUUUUUCUUCUGGCGUUAUAUCUAGGAAUCGAAUAGAUCGGCAGGGGGCAGGCCCCAAUUAAUAAUACAUGGAUGAAAAGUAUUGAAUACAAGAGUCUUGCCCGGCGCAGAUUCAGUACACACACCAUCAGCCAACAUCUAAC